CUGCCACCGUCGGUGCCCGUGAGUGAAUGUGCCAACAAUCAACCAACCAACCAAUCAAACCAGCGUGUGCACACAGAGAGGAACGGCGGUCACUGUCCUGUGUCGGAGAAGAUGAGAUGAAUCACUGUCGGGUCGGGUAGUCGUCGUUGACAGAUAAGCCAUAAGCGAUAAACGACGUGCUGCACAUUGAUCAAAAUAAGUGCAGUAAGUAGUAAGGAACGAUUGUGAUUCUUUGCCAGUGCCAUUGGAGCAGCCACCAGAGCGGUGUGACCUAGAAUUUUCCCCGGGCCGUCCAAGUUCAAGGCCAGUCGGAGCCGGAGCAGCUGAUUUGGGAUGAAUGGAAAGUGCUGCAAACUGUCUCAUUCAGUAGUGUGAAAAUUUGCUGCCGAAAGUAUGUGUUUUGAGUUGAAAAACGUUUGGAAGUGAUAUCGACGGCGAACAAAUUAUUGCAUAACAGUUUGCUUUGUUGUUUUGCUGUUUCGCUGAAAACCGAAUGUGAUAAAAUCGAUUUUCUAGAGCCGUCGAACAGUUCGGGAAUUAUGUGAUAGAAUAGAGCUGUGAUAAAGCCGCCUGUGUGGAUCCCGUGGAGAUAGAAAUAUAUUGUAGUGAUGGCCAACGACAACUUCGACGCCGACGACCGGACGGUCGGACCCGACGGUCAGAAGACAAAAUCCGAUGAACGAUUCCGCAGGAAAAGUGGUACCGGUGUUGUUACCGCGUUGCAAACCCGCACCGGAUCGGUUUCGUUCUCCCAUUGCCCGUCGGAUUCAUCGUGCUCCAGCUUCGAGGAAGACUGGUGCGUCUACGAGCUGCUUCCGGCACCGCGAGAAAUCUUCGUCAACCGCUCGUUGCACCUGGAAAAUAUCAAGUUCUAUGGAUUCGACAUGGACUACACCAUCGCCGAGUACAAAUCGCCCCAAUACGAACAGCUCGGGUUCCAUCUGAUCAAAGAACGGCUGGUCAACCUGGGCUAUCCGGUGGAAAUUCUCCAGUUCGAGUACGAUCCGUCCUUUCCGGUGCGGGGCCUGUGGUUCGACUCACUGUACGGCAACCUGCUGAAGGUCGAUAGCUACGGGAACAUUCUGGUGUGCGUCCAUGGCUUCGAGUUCUUGAAACAUUCCCAGGUGUACGAGCUGUACCCGAACAAAUUUCUUCAGCUGGACGAAAGCCGCGUUUACGUGCUGAAUACGUUGUUCAACCUGCCGGAAACUUAUCUGCUCGCUUGCAUGGUGGACUUUUUCACCAAUUCGCUGCAGUACGCGGAACAGGUGGACAAAACCGGCGUGAAGUACGGCGAGCUGUUCAUGUCGUUCAAAUCGAUCUUCCAGGAUGUACGGGGUGCGGUCGAUUGGGUCCAUCUGUAUGGGGAUCUGAAGAAGAAAACACUGGAGAAUCUCGACGAGUACGUCAAAAAGGAUGAACGACUGCCGAUGGUACUGUCGCACAUCCGCGAGUCCGGAGCGAAAAUAUUUCUGCUCACCAACAGUGACUACAACUUCACCAACCGCAUCAUGACGUUCCUGUUUGACUUUCCGCACGGAGCCAAACCGGAGGAUCCGCACCGGGACUGGAAGACCUACUUCGACACGAUCGUAGUGGAUGCCCGGAAACCGUUGUUCUUCGGUGAAGGCACCAUCCUCCGCCAGGUGGACUCAACGACGGGAGCGCUACGGGUUGGAACCCACAUGGGCCCGUUGCAGGCCAAUCAGGUCUACUCGGGUGGUUCGUGCGAUGUCUUCACGAAGCUGAUCGGCGCCAAGGGUAAGGACGUGCUGUACGUCGGAGAUCACAUUUUCGGAGAUAUUCUGAAGAGCAAGAAAAUCCGCGGCUGGCGAACAUUCCUGAUCAUACCGGAGCUGGUUCAGGAACUGCACGUGUGGACCGACAAGUGCCAGCUGUUUGCCGAGUUGCAGCGGUUGGAUGUGAAGCUGGGAGAUUUGUAUAAGAACCUUGAUUCUAGUGCCAAAGAGAAACCGGACAUUUCGUCGGUGCGAACGGCGAUCCGCGAUGUGACGCACAAGAUGGAUCUGGCCUACGGAAUGAUGGGAUCGUUGUUCCGGUCCGGUUCCCGCCAGACGUUCUUCUCCGGUCAAGUUGUCCGGUAUGCAGAUCUGUACGCGGCCACAAUCAUGAAUCUAAUGUACUAUCCGUUUUCGUACAUGUUCCGAGCGCCGGCAAUGUUGUUACCCCACGAAUCAACCGUGGCUCACGAGCAGCGAUUCACGCUGGAAGCGCCGAUGAUUCAACGAACCCGUUCUCGCAAUCCCGGUACGCCGAAUGCCGAACUGCCGGUGGCGGAAACUGUCGCGGAAGUAAGUGCCAUCAUCGAGAAGGAAACGGUCGGCCUACUGAACGUGAUCGGUAGCAAUGUUUCGGUGCCGCAUACUCGCCCGGAGACACCCCGUUCGGUGACGCACACCCACGAUGAGGACUAUUCGGAUGAGGACAGCGAUGAUCAGAAGCGGGAAGCAAGAGCAGCGGCCAGUGCUGCCAACAACCGCACCGGCACCGUCGUAGUAGAAAGUGUUACCACCAACGGUGACGAGCAGCAGAAAUGAAUCCUCCUGGUUGUUGAACCGUGUGUGUUCGGUGGUAAGAGUUUAGUAGUUUUGGAUUGAUUGAUUGAUUAGAUCACUGCAUUUCUGGGUGGUAUUUAUUGACAACUUUUGUACCGGUUUGUAAAGAGAUUUUAGUUUUUUGUGCUUUGUCCGCGAAGCAAUCUGAGGGUGGAAACUAGUCGAGUGCGUUUUUAAAUUGGAUUUGGAAGCGAUUGUUUUAAUCUUCCAAAAUAAUGAACUAAUCAAUUUUCAACUUGUCGAUUACAGUUUACCGUUCGAUUUUCCCGAUAGCUUUUUUCGAACGAAUUUAUCCGGAGUUUAGGAUAGGAGCGAUCUGCGCGCGUGGAAUAACAAUAAUUAUUUAGGAAAACAAACCCGAUUUGUCGAUUACUGUUCUACGCUAAAACUAAUGCCUCUAAUAAUCUAUAGCAAUAAUUCAAUUUGUCCUUCCUGUUCAAAAAAAAAAAAAAAAAUCUGCGCAUAUCAAGUCUUGACUGACUGUUCGAAAUUAGACAGCAUUGUGAUUGAGUAAAUACUCGAUGAGGGAACCGCAGAGGCUCAAUUUGAAUUUCAGCUAGAAGUCGUCCGUAAUAAGCCAAUUUCUGUAGAUUUUAAUUUAGGCCAUAAGCUUGACGUUCCCCGAUGUUUUUUUUUAUUCGAAAGGACCCUCAGGUCUAGUCUCUUGCAACUGGUUGAACCAAAACUUCCAGAAGAAGGCGGAACCAUUCGUCAAUUAUUCGGGUAAUCGACUAGGAAAAAGUGAGAACAAAAACACGGGAUAUGCAAACAAUAAUUACGCAGGGAUAAUAGAUUGAAACACGGAGUCAGUUCCAACUCGGAUUUUUGUAGAUUUUUCCUCGUGGUAAGUGAAUUCCUAGGCAUUGUAACCCAUAAGCAUUACGUAGGAUUGAGCUGAGCAUUAUUUAUUAGCACUAGUAAGCAGCACACAUAUGGAACAAAACUAACAAAGUUAAGUGUUGAGAAUUGCCUUUAUGAAAUUUGAAAAAAACAUUGAAUAAAACAAAUAAUAAUAAUAAUAAUGAAUUGAGAGUAGCUUGGAGGAAAAUGCGUACAAUUGCAUCAGUGAUCACACAACAAUACAAUUAAGCAGUAUCAUACUGUUAUAGGAAAA